AUGUCUCAGUGUAAUGCUUGUCAAGAGCCUCUCGUCAUCCGCGUCGAUGAUGAUGACGAGGGCGCGAAUGGGCAGCCAGUGACGGUGCCCGAUGACCUCGAACUCCAAUGCGGUUGUCAUUUCCAUUGGGAAUGCUUUAUGGAAGAAGCCUCCUCCGUUGCCAUCUCCUCGAAAUGUCCCGGCUGCGAAUCGUAUCUGCCCGUGAACGAAGCAGGGCCGUCAACGGCAACAAAUACCUCUCUUCAGUCUCCUUCAACAGCCCCCAUUCUAGCCCGGUAUUGCAAUGAGGGUGGAGUACAGGACAGGCUUGACAUUCUCCCUUCAAUAACGGAGGAAGCAUACGUUCAGAACAACCCGGAAGUUCGUCCGGCACGCGCUUUCCACCUCAUGUGUUCCGAAGGGGAUGUCACCGGCAUGAUUGAACUACUCUACGACGUUCAAGGAGAUAUUGGUGAUGCGGGGCCACUGGUCCUUUAUCAAGAUCCCCUGGCAGAGAUGAAGAGCGCUCUGCACCUUGCCGUCGAGAACAAACAAUCGGAAGCAAUCUGGCUGCUUCUGUGGCUCGCAUCAACCGUACCUUUGGACUCUUUCCCCCCCUCUGCUCGACAGUCUGCCGAGACCGUCGGCAUCAGACGCCUUGCUGUGGAAUCCGGCGUCGACAUUCGCGCUUUGAGGGACGCUCACGGCCGCAGCGCCGAAAAUUUGGCACAUCAGAACGCUGGCUUUUGGAGACAGCUACUCGAUACUGGCGUUUUAUCUUAG